AUGGCUGCAGCCCCCGGCAAACAGCUCACUCCCGCUCAAAGCUCACCGUCCGGCUCGCAGGCGCCGUGGCUGUGUGAGACGCAGCUUCCGUUCGGCGAUGGUGCGUUCCAGCUGAUGAACGUAUUCAGCGCAGCCAUCGUCCUCGGGAACUACUUGCUCCACAGCGAGAUAUUCCUUCUUACGGCUGGCGUCAUGGACCACUGGUGCAGAAGGCCGGAUUCCUUCGCGAACCUCAGCGUCGACGAGUGGAAGCAGUUGGCCAUACCAGUGGACAAGAACGGCGAGUACAGCCACUGCACGAUUCGCGAGCCCCCAGACGGAGGUACAGAGGCGCGCGUCGUGCGCUGCACGUCGUGGGAGUACGACUACACCAAAUACGGGAACAACAUCGUCAGCGCCUGGAACUUGGUGUGCGACCGGCUCUGGCUCAUCGACUUUGCGAGGAUCGUGUACGCGGCUGCUAGCGUGAUCCCGUUAGCCGCAUCUGCUUCGUUCGCGGACAGCAUCGGCCGCCGGACGGCGCUCUUCAUCGUCAUUCCCGUGGUCCUCAUAUCGGCCGUUGCCAGUGCCAUGCCGAAUGACUUGCAGUUCUUCAUGAUCGUGCGCGCCGUCGUCUCCGCCUCGACAAGUGUUCUGGUGCCACCUGCGAUUACCUUGGUUACCGAUGCAUCGACGAUAGACAAAUUUCCGGCAUACGUUGUCGCGGUCUCGUUGCUCUCUUUUAUCCUCAUGCCUGUCACGGUGCUCGCGGCUCACCUCGCCAGGACAGGGUGGGUCGCCGUGCAGGUGAUACUCAUGAUUCCAACGUGUCUGCUCAUGCUGCUCUACUACACCGUCAUCGAAUCUCCCAUCUGGCUUCUGGCGACCGGCCAUGUGAAGGAAGCCGAGCGAGUCGCUUUGUGUGCAGCGAAGAUGAACAACGUCUCGGCCGAUGUUUGCCACGAGCUCAUGGCGCGUCAGAUAGCAGACCUCCGGGCUCGUGGUUGGCAAACAGCCGAAAGCAGCGGUCUGUGCAGCGGUCGACUUAGGACACGCACAGUAUUGAUGUGUUGCAUGUCGACGGCGCUAUGCUUUGGCUUCGACACGUUUGUCACGAAGGAUGGCAUUCCAACAGGAGACGUUGCGGCAAGCCUGAGCUUUGCCCUGUCAGCCGUUGCGUGUGUCGCCACCAUACCGUUUGUCAAGCAGUUCGGUUUAAGAAAUGCUGUUGUCGGCUCGGCGCUCGGCUUCGCUGUGACGUUAACCGCUCUCGCUGGUACGACGUACGGCGGAGGCGGGCAAACGCUGAACGAUUCUCUGGUGGUCCCAAUGAAGGCAGCCGGCAACGUGUGUUUCACAUUUUUCCUUGUUAUGGGUCUCAAAUCGCUCCCCGUUGUGUCCCGCUGCAGUGGAGCUGCCGCUAUGCUCGCGGCUUCCCGAUUCGGGGACACACUGGGCCAGUUGACUCCACGUUUAAUCAACGACCAGAGCAUUGCGAUGCGGCUGGCCAUUUCGGGCGCUUUGACGUCGCUCUUCGCAAUCGGCGCCGAACUUUUGCCCUGCGACUUCGAUUACUGGAUGCAGCAACACUUGUCACACCAAAGAUGCCCUCGCCACCCAUCGCCCGAAGGUACUAAGCGUGCCAUGCGUGACACGCUAGUGCCUCUGCCGAAGGAACCCGUCCAACACCGUCCAAUCACGACAAAGGACAGAGUGGCGUUAAGGCGUUCUACAACUCAAGCAACUGGCGAGCAAUGUGCCGUGUAA